AUGGUGCACAAGGGCCAGGUUCAGGGAAAGGCUCGCGGCAACUGCUGAUGGCUUGCAUGAUGGAGAUUCUAAUCCAAGGGAAACAACAAUUAGAAAGAGAGCAACGCAGAUCACACCACCAGAUAAACAGUAUUUUAUUACUAUCACGCAGCCACCUUUUUCCACGCCAAUAAUACACCUCGUCUCUCGUUCAACCCUUUUCAGCACAUGAACACACCGCCCAGACCGUCAUCAUGACUAACCAAGUUUAGGCCCUAAUCAACACUUCUUUCACCCCUCACGAGAGAGCCCCGAGCCCCCGACCAAGGGGAGCAAGGAAGACGCCAUGGGGAGAGCUCCGUGCUGCGACAAGGCUAGCGUGAAGAAGGGCCCGUGGUCGCCAGAGGAGGACGCCAAGCUCAAGUCCUACAUCGAGCAGAACGGCACCGGCGGCAACUGGAUAGCCCUGCCGCAGAAGAUAGGUCUGAAGAGGUGCGGCAAGAGCUGCCGCCUCCGGUGGCUGAACUACCUCCGGCCAAACAUCAAGCACGGCGGGUUCUCGGAGGAGGAGGACAGGAUAAUACUUCGCCUCUACAUCAGCAUAGGCAGCAGGUGGUCGAUAAUAGCGGCGCAACUGCCGGGAAGGACGGAUAAUGACAUAAAGAACUACUGGAACACAAGGCUCAAGAAGAAGCUCUUCGGCAAGCAGUCCCGCAAGGAUCAGAGGCCGCAACAGCAGUUCAUGCGUCAGGCGACCGCAAGCGAUGGGAUGAAGCAAGAGGCGAGCACAGAUGCAAACGGAAGCGAUGGCAUGGCGACCGCCACUUAUAGUUGGCAGCACCAAGCCAUGGCCGUGCCGGUGCAACCAAUUCCAGGUCCGAUGAUGCAAGGCAGCCGCAUAGGGGAAGAGGUUGAUGGAUCAAUCCGGAAGCUACUGUACAAGCUAGGGGCAAGUCCUUUCGCAACCCUCCCGGCUCAACUGUGCGUUGCUCCACCAAUGUACGAGGGAAGUCCAAGCUUCAUGGCGCCAUCGUGCCCAGUGGACACCACCUCGCUUAACGAAGGCGGGGUGCAGUGUUCAAGCGUGCUCGCUGCCCUGGAGCUGGACCAGAGCUUCCAUAUCAAUCAGGUUAAGCUGGAUGGCCUAGGUUGCUUCUUUGGCACUGGUGAUCAGAGCAUGAGGUGGAGUGAGGUGAGUCCAUUGGUUUGCCCUAAAAAUACUGUGGCUUCCAGGUCCCAAGAGAUGCAGCAGUACUGUCUUGUUGACGAACCGCCGAACCUUGGGAUGAAAUAGCCACCGGUUUGUGUUUUCAUGUACACGCAUGGUUGUGGUGUAAAUUUGUACUAAGCAUUCAUUGGGAAUGAUGAAAGAUGAGAGGUUCCUUGAAUUAA